CAUCCAGUAAUAUAAAACCAACCACUUGUCGGCGCAAUAAGGAAGGGCCCACACCGCGGAAAGCAUUCCACGGAGACUUUUCACUUGCUGCUGCUUUUACGUUUUAGGUUUUCACAUUAAACUACCACCAUGUCAGAUGCCGAGCAGCAUUAUAUGGAAACCUCAGAAAACGGCCACGAGGACGAUCUGAACGGAGCCGGGCAGUACGAGGAAGGCACCGGGGAUGAGCAGGCCGGAGCGCAGGGAGACGCCGGUGGCGACGAAACGGCUGGGGACGAGGAAGACCCUCAAAAUGGUUCGUCGGACGGGGGGCAAAUUGAUGCUAGCAAAGGAGAGGAAGAUGCGGGGAAAAUGUUUGUUGGGGGCCUCAGCUGGGACACGAGUAAAAAGGAUCUUAAAGAUUACUUCUCUAGAUUUGGAGAGGUGACAGACUGCACCAUCAAAAUGGACCCCAACACUGGGCGAUCAAGGGGAUUUGGGUUUAUUCUUUUUAAAGAGUCAGCCAGUGUAGAUAAGGUUUUAGCACAAAAAGAGCACAGACUGGAUGGACGACAGAUUGACCCCAAGAAGGCAAUGGCAAUGAAGAAAGAACCUGCUAAGAAGAUCUUUGUCGGCGGGCUGAACCCUGAAACUACAGAAGAGAGGAUCCGCGAGUAUUUUGGUGCCUUUGGCGAGAUUGAGACUAUUGAACUUCCAAUGGAUCCAAAGACAAAUAAGAGGAGAGGGUUUGUCUUCAUUACCUUCAAGGAAGAAGAGGCUGUCAAGAAAGUUUUGGAAAAGAAAUAUCAUAACGUCAGUGGAACCAAGGACACAAGUGGAAAAGAAGGCCUUUGCGAGAUUAAGGUUGCGCAGCCAAAAGAAGUGUACCAGCAGCAGCAGUAUGGAGGUCGUUUUGGAGGGAGAGGAAGGGGGCGUGGAGGACAGGGUCAGAACUGGAAUCAGGGCUACAAUAACUACUGGAAUCAAGGCUACGGUAACCAGGGAUAUGGCUACAGCGGCCAGCAAGGUUACGGUGGAUACGGAGGCUACGGCAACUACGAUUACACAGGGGGCUACUACGGCUACGGCAGCGGAUAUGACUACAGUCGUAAAGCUACCGAGCAGGAACCAACGGUCUGGUCACAGUGAACAUUGGGAUCUUUUACUUUUGGAAGUUGGCAGAAUCUGGACUUCUGCUUCAUUUUGUAC